AUGUUUCCCGGUAUGACCAACGGUACGUACGCUUCCCCUUGUUCACUACUUCAUACGGUAAGCACGGAUGAAGCGAUCCAGUUCGACAAGUCAGAGGCGAUCCUCAUGGCUUUGGCCAGCGGCCAAAUUGGACGCGAUGGCGUGUGCAUCCUUCAUUUUGAACAGUCCAGUGCAUCCAACUACGCUGCCAAAGUGAAACAGCGUCGGCUUCUUGCAGACUUCAGUGGACAUGCAAUGCUUCCUGUGAUCAAACGAUUGGAACCUGGCCAACAACCACUCACGUAUGCUCACCGUCUUUUGGCAAUUGAAGGUCUGGGGGUCUUUACCAGGCGCUACUGCUUCGAUUUUAUUAACGAAAUGGUGAAUCGGCUCCGCGAUUUUGUCGCCAAGAACGCUCAGCAUGAUGAACGUGCGACGUUACCGCGUGUGAUGCUGACACUUCACACCGUCGAUAUGUUUUUGUCCCGGGCGCUCAACCACCUUCGCAGCGAUAGUCCGUCAUGGUGGGCUAAUUUCCGCGCAGAAGUUCAAAGAAUGGAUUACAACUCGACCGAAUGGGUGCUACUACUCUCCUCACUGCUCACGUCGACGCCAGCGCACCAGACCACGGCGGCAAGCACGACAAACCACCAGGUAUCGCCAAGGGCGAACUUCAAGUCAGCCCCACGACAGCGUCCUUGA